UUCAUCGCCCAGAGCCAUAGUCUCAUAUGACAACCCUAGCAAAAUGCCAUUCGUUGAAAAGCCACGGACGAGCCGGUCAAGCGUAUACCAUUCGCUCGAAUAUUGCUAGCUUGCUCCGCCAUGUACGAGCCAUGGAAAUCGUGGAUGUCGACCGCGUUUCAUUGUUGGUCGAUCAAAAGACCCUUCCGACCCCCGUGCGAUGAAGGCGAGGGCGAGGCUCGACCCUGGAGGGUAUAUAUACAGGCCGUCCGGUUUUCACGAUCCCCCCUCGCCAUCCUUUCAUCCUCGUCUUGCUCGAUUCAGCAACGAGCUCCCAACUCCAGCUAUCCUGGUUGUCCUUUCGAAUCGCAACAAAUUAGAUCAUGUCCUCGACUUCCGAACCCCACGCCCAGAUCCCCGUCUCCGGUGACGAGAACAAGGUCGAACCCUCAACCCCGACCGACGAGGGGUCCCUAAGGUCUAUUUGGACCGACGGAGAGGAUUCUGAAGGCGAAGAGGAAACCCAAGGCGAAGAUGAGAAUGAGGGGAAAGGCGAUGGCGAUGCCGAUGUCGCGGGAGAGGUUGGAGAGGUUGGAGAGGUCGGAGAGGUUGGAGAGGAAGAAGGUCAGAAGGAAGCCGCUGAAGGCGAGGCUCUCGAUGACGUCGGCACCGACGGCGAACACAGCGUCGGCAACAUCGCCGUCACCCCCGUCCAGGUCGAACAACAGCCCACUCUCGAUGUUCAGAUGAAGGAACCCGCCAAGGCCGUCGUGACUACCGAAGCUACCACCGGCGCUAUCGACAACCAAGCCGAAGCGGCGCCUCCCGUACUCGCUACCAACGACAAAGCCGGAUCGGCUACCAACGACCAUGUUGAAGGAGCGACUGCCGGACCCGCUACCAACGACCGAGCCGAAGGCCAGACCACUCAGGAACGAGAACUCGGUCCUUCCGGACGUCGUUACCACCUGCGCUCGAUGGCCGAACGCAAGAGGCAGCUCUGGGGUAAAGAGGACAUCUAAGUUGGGGGUUGUCGUCGGUACAGGGUCGGGUUGGGGUGUUUGUACCGCAGCCGCCUAUGAAUUGCCUAUCGAUCCCAUGUUCUCGCUGCCAGACGAAGUGUACCC